AUGUUUAAGAAGAAACAAUUAUCGGUGAUUGAGGAGUUACGAGAAACUUAUGAUGAUUGUGUCAACUUAACAUUGAAAAAUAUAAUGUAUGAGGAACAAGAUAGAUUAGAAGAUUCGUUGAAAGGUUGGAAAUCAUUACAUACAUCAUUACUUUUUAAGUUGGAGUUGUUCGAGAAGAACUUGACUAAAAUGUCUAAAGAAGAAGUAGCAAUCUUUCAAGAACUUAAAAGUAUAAGAGAUCAAAAUGUGAAGCAUUUAAUAAGAGUUCAAUUGAAAUUAGAUGAAUUGAAUAAGAAAAAACCUGUAAAAGUUAUACCACCACCAAAAAUGUCAGUACCAUCAUUAAGGAAUGGCGGCAUACGUAAUUUUAAUAGUCAACCUAAGAAACAAAUGGUUAAAACUUUAAGAAAUGCAGGUAAUUCCAAUAGUUCCACAGGUCCUAAAGAAAAACAUCAAGCAAAUAUGGCAGCUAAUUUAUCAUGGCAGAAGCCUAAAAAGGAUGAGUUAUUUGGAGAUUUUGAUCAAGAUUUUGAAAUAAAAAAUUGGGAGAAGAUUCAAUCAGAUGAAGAAGUAAAUUUAAUUGACUUAGAUCCAGGGAUGUCUUCAUAUUCAGCCUCAAAUUUAAAUACUCCUGGAAUGAAUGAAAUCAAUAGAUCAAUGGAAAAUUUGUUGAAACCUAAGAAUUUAAGAGUAACUAAAUCUAAUCCGAAUUUACUAGAAAGACCUGAGAAAUUAGAAAGAGAAAGUAAUCCAUCGUCACCAAAUAAUUCAAUUCUACAAUCAAGGAAUUUUAGUUCUGAUGAAUCCCCAGUAAAUUCCCCCAUAAAUUCCAUGAAAGAUAAGAAAUAUGUUUAUAAGCAACCACAACCUAUGAAUCUCAAUAAAUUAAUGAAACAAACAAAGAAGAAAGCAUCAUCCUCACCAUCCAUAGCUGUAGCUCAAAAUUAUAGUUCAAGCUCAGUUCCUACCAUACAGACUUCAUCAUCAAUUCCUGUGAAGAAGACUAAUGUCAAGAAAAAUAUCACUUAUAACUAUGUACCUGCCAAACCUAAGAAACAAUCUGUUCGAAAAGAGAGCCCCAGUCCUGAACCAGUUUCAGAUGAAAGCGAUGAUUUCAAAUUUACUGAUCCAUUAUUAAAUCCAAAAGUUCAAGAUGAAAUAUUAAAACUGAUCAGGGGAAUCGAUUAUGAAAGUGGGAAACAAAUUUUAAAUGAUAUAGUUGUUCAUGGAGAUGAAGUCUUUUGGGAUGAUAUAGUAGGAUUAGAUCAAGCUAAAAAUUCAUUAAAGGAGGCAGUUGUAUACCCAUUUUUAAGACCAGAUUUAUUCAAAGGAUUAAGAGAACCUAUUCGAGGAAUGUUAUUAUUUGGACCCCCAGGUACUGGUAAAACCAUGUUAGCCAGAGCAGUUGCCACAGAAAGUAAAUCUACAUUUUUUUCCAUUACUUCAUCAACCAUUACAUCCAAGUAUUUAGGAGAAAGUGAGAAAUUGGUGAAAGCAAUGUUUCAACUUGCUAAGAAAUUAUCACCCUCUAUUGUUUUCAUCGACGAAAUCGAUUCAUUAUUAGGAUCAAGAUCAGAAGGAGAAAUAGAAAGUAUCAGAAGGAUCAAGAAUGAAUUUUUAAUUCAAUGGAGUGAAUUGAGUAGUUCAACAGCUAAAGAAACUAAUGAACUUAAUAGUCAAGUAUUAAUUUUGGGAGCAACUAAUUUACCCUGGUCAAUUGAUGAAGCAGCAAGAAGGAGAUUUGUCAAAAAGCAAUACAUUCCAUUACCAGAAGAUGAAACUAGAAAAUCUCAAAUCAUUAAAUUAUUAAAAUAUCAAAAUAACGAAUUAUCAGAAGAUGAUUUUAAACAAUUGAUUGAUUUGACUAAAAAAUUCAGUGGUAGUGAUAUUACAUCACUUUGUAAAGAUAGUGCAAUGGGACCAUUAAGAUCAUUAGGGGAAUUAUUAUUAAGUACACCAACAGAAGAGAUUCGACCUAUUAACAUUGAAGACUUCAAAAAUAGUUUAAAAUAUAUUAAACCUUCAGUCCUGGAAGAUAGUUUAAAGAAAUAUGAGGAAUGGUCGAUAAAAUUUGGAUCAGGAAUUUAA